GGUCAAAGUUGAAAGUGUAACAUGCGCGAUGUAGGAAUUGAAAGGAACUUAUGCUACAGUGGGCAGUUUAAACUGUAACAAUACGGUUCAUUGUUUUGUAUUGCAUUAGUGGAAGACCAUGUCUUCAAAAGAAAAGCAUGCGUCCAAACACAAUUUGAUCCACUUGAUCUAUCGGCAUUUGAAGGAGAACGGUUUCCAGAAGGCGGCAGAGAAGCUCCGAAAGCAUGUUCCACAGGGAGAGACAGCAGCAUUGUCCAGCUCACUUUUGGACAUAUACAACAAAUGGUCUGGGGAUGUAUCUGAGGAUGCAAAGACCUGCAGAGUAGCAGAUUCAUCAGAGCUGCCAAAAGAGCGUCAAGCUGACCCGGAUAGCAGCACAGAGACCUCUGACUCGGAAGAUGAGACGACACCUGUCAAAGCCCCAGACAAGACUAAGCCUCCAAUUGCCAGCCCUGCCAAGUUCCCUGCAGCCAACCAUGUGCCAGCUUCCAAGGUCAAGGCAGGGUCAAAGGUCACUCCACCAACCCCCAGCAAGAAACAGCCGGAAAGUUCUGACAGUGAGUCCGCCGCCAGCAGCUCAGAGGAAGAAGAAGCAAGUCAGAGUCUACUGCCACAGACUCCUGUCACUCCUAACAACAAGUCAGCUCCUAAGCUGUCCUCAGCUAGGCCCCUGGUAGCCCCCUCCUUCACCCCCUCCUCCACCACGACCAAGCCCUCCGCUGCCUCCCCUGUUACAGCCAAGUCUCCGGCUGCUCCUCCAGAGUCGUCCAGCGAGAGCAAUGACACAUCCUCAGACAGUGAGGAUGAGGGUCCGGCUAUGCCCUCAACAGCAGAACCAGCCAAUGAGUCAAUUCUUACAGCCCCAGCUUCUACCAAGGCCAAGCAGUCAGCCACUCCUGCUCCCAGUAUCCCACUAUCAGCCGGUAAAGAGCCCCAGACUGCCGUAGACAGUGACACCACUAUGUCUUCAUCAGAUAGUGAAGAGGGCGGUCCAAAAUCACCCUCUACACCGACAACACCAACCAUUAAAGCUGCGGCCAUACUUACCCCAGCUAAACCAACCCCAAGUAAAGUUGUAUCCACAACUUCUAAGACUAGCAAAGACUCCAGUGAAUCAAGUAGCGAAUCAGCAUCAUCAGAUAGUGAGGAUGAGAGUGUGGAAUUACCCCCCCCACCCAAAACAGCAGUGGUAACAGUGACCACUAAAGGUGUGGCCAUACCUACCCCUGCUAAACCAACCCCAAGCAAAGGAACCACCAUAGCAACCACCCCAGCUAAACCAACCCCAAGUAAAGUUGUAUCCACAACUUCUAAGACUAGCAAAGACUCCAGUGAGUCAAGUAGCGAAUCAGCAUCAUCAGAUAGUGAAGAUGAGAGUGUGGAAUUACCCCCCCCACCCAAAGCAGCAUCGGUGACAGCGACCACUAAAGCUGUGGCCAUACCUACCCCAGCUAAACCAACCCCAAGCAAAGGAACCGCCAUAGCAACCACACCCGCUAAACCAACCCCAAGUAAAGUUGUAUCCACAACUUCUAAGACUAGCAAAGACUCCAGUGAAUCAAGUAGCGAAUCAGCAUCAUCAGAUAGUGAAGAUGAGAGUGUGGAAUUACCCCCCCCACCCAAAACAGCAUCGGUGACAGCGAUCUCUAAAGGUGUGGCCAUACCUACCCCUGCUAAACCAACCCCAAGCAAAGGAACCACCAUAGCAACCACCCCAGCUAAACCAACCCCAAGUAAAGUUGUAUCCACAACUUCCAACACUAGCGAAGACUACAGUAGUGAUUCAUCAUCAUCAGACAGUGAGGAGGAAAGUCCUGCUGUGGCAGCUACACCAGUGGCACCAACCAGUCUGCCAGCAUCAGAUGUCAGAACAAAACUUAAGUCAACCAAGGCAAAGACGACUAGCACGGCUCAGCCCAAGUCUACUGCUCCAGCAGGAGAUGAGUCCAGCAGUGGUAGCCACCCGAAAGGAGCUCCUGAGAAGCAGGCGGAGGUUCAACUCAACCCCCCAGCUUCAACCAAGAAGGCCAAGAAUGACGCUAAGAAAACCGCUCUCAAGCCCUCAGCUCCACCCGCCAAAAGGAAAAAACCUGCAGACAAACCAUUGGACACACCAGUCAAGACCAAGAAGAAGGCACCUCAGGCCCAGAUCCCUGCUCCUUCCUCUGCUCCUCCUCCAGCCAGUGAUGACUCAGACAGCAGUCUGGACGUGGAGAUGUGGAAGAAGCGGAUCCUUGAACUGUCAGACACUGACCUCGCCAAGAUGGACGCCAUCAGUAGUCUGAACCCUCCACCUGCUCCCGUCAUAACCCCCAAAAAAGCAAGAGCACCAAGGAAACCCAGGGCGGAAGCCACACAGAAGAAGGAGACCAUGCCUAAAAAGAGCAAAGCUACACCUAUUAAGAAUGUAGAGGUUGAGGGGAAUGUCAAAACCAAAAAGACCAGUAAAGCUAAGUCCGGUCAGACAAAUAAGGCCCCACCUGACAGCCCUGUGACUACAACUUUACCCAAAACACCCAGCAAUAAGCCUGCAGAGUCCACCCUUGUAUCCACCCCAAAACCUGAUGCGGUCAAGAAAAGAAAAAGGAAAGCCAGUGAAGCUAAAGCAGAUGAGAAUCCUACAGAGCCCAAGAGGAAAAAGAAACAAAGAGAAGAGAACAAGGAGAAGAUGGUUGAGGCAAGUGAAGAAACGGGGAAGGUAAAAGAUAAGGAGAGAAAGAAGGAAGCAGGGAAAGGAAAACAAGCCCCAAAGGUAAAUGAGAAAAACAGUGAGCCUGAAGAACAGAAGGAACCAGAGAAAAAGAAAAAGGUGGCCCAGACAAAGAAAAAAUCCAUGGACAAAGCCAUUGAGGACACCAAGAAGCCCAAAAAGGAAAAAUCAGAAAAGACUAAGAUUGAAAACAACACGCAGAUAACUGAGAAGAAGAAGAAGAAAAAAGAGAAGAAGAAAGAGAAGGAUGGGCCUCAAGAGAUUUUAGCUGACCAAGAAUCCCUACCUCUGUCUAACCUCGUGACGCCUCCAACAGAGAAGAAGAAAAAGAAAAGCAAGGUGAACCUGCCAGAGAUUCCAAUGAUAUCUGUCAACCCGGGCCCAGACUCAGCCCCCACAGACAACCCUCCAGCGACAGCAGAGCUUACACCUAAAAAAAAGAAAAGAAAAUCAUCCAAGAGCACAUUAACAUGAGGACGACGAAGAAAGAAUAUUUAUGACAAAUAGAAAGAUACAAAGGGAACAUGGUCCCGUUAGUUAGCUGGGCUGAUGUGAAAAGUCUUCCUCAUUGGUAUCCAGCACAGGUUUAAAAGUGAUCAACUUUACUGUAUUUUAACCCUUGUGUUAUCUUCGGGUCAUUCUGACCCAUCAGUCAUUGUGACCCACCGUCGUAUUGCGACAAAUUUACCUCAUACAAAAACAAAGUGAAGCAUUUUCUUUUAACUGUCGGGCUGUCUCAGACCCCCCACAUUGG